AUGCUAAGGUCACAAACCCGAGAAGUCAGCUCAAGAGGCAGAUCACCUUCGCCUUCGCCCGCCCCUGUUUCCAAACGUUGCCCUUCGCCGAAUGCGAGUACCAGAACAUCGAAUUCGACUCUCUCAGUGCCAAAGAGAGCUGUCUCAACCGAAAGAAAACGACCGUCCACUCCUGUGUCGACACCUGUCCACGACACAACUCUAGCGUCCAAGAAAACUCCCGAGUCUUUUUCUUUAUGGCCGUCCACAACGAGGAGCCUCGAUGCUUCUGCUCCAAUUGGCAAGAGAGAGAAACACCAACCGGUUUCUCUCUCUAGGAGCAGUACGCCCGAGAUAGACAAUUUCUCCUCUGAUGUGGCGGAGAAUUCGAGGCAUUUGUCUAGAUGGCCGGGCAGAGCAGCUGGCGCACCUUCUACUGUGAAAGCGUCGAACAAUAGUAAAAUCGAUAAAAUAACUAAAACGACUCCGUCUUUGUUCAAUUUUAGGACAGCUGUCGCGCCUUCUUCUUGCACGAGGAGAUUGUCUUUUGAUGGAACAAGCAAACCUCUGCAAAAAUCUUCGACCGAUUUGUUGAAGCUUAUUUCUCGUGAAGAAAUGUUUAGUGGAAGUUCGGUUGAUAAUGACGAUGAUGACUUUGAUGCUACUACAACGAGGCGUCAGUCUUCGCCGGGUAGUGGGGCCCACGGCAUUUCAGCCUCGGUUUCCAGAAGGGUGAGUCCUUCUAGAGGAACUAGUCCAGCUACAAUAAGACAGUCGAGCCCUUCGAGACAGCCUCAGAAUUCAUCUUCGGUUCUUGUUGUCGCGCCUUCGUCUUGCACGAGGAGAUUGUCUCUUGAUGGAACAAGCAAACCUCAGCAGAAAUCUUCGACCGAUUUGUUGAAGCCAAUUUCUCGUGAGGAAAUGUUUAACGGAAGUUCGGUUGAUAAUGACGAUGACGACUUUGAUGCUACUACAACGAGGCGUCAGUCUUUGCCGAGUAGUGGGGCCCACGGCACGUCGCCGUCAUUUUCUAGAAGGAAAACCAAAACAACUCCGUCUUUGUUCAAUUUUAGGACAGCUGCCGCGCCUUCUCUGUGCAUGAGGCGAUUGUCUCUUGACGGUACAAGCAAACCUCUGCUGAAAUCUUUGACUGAUUUGUUGAAGCUAAUUUCUCGUGAAGAAAUGUUAAGUAGAACUUCGGUUGAUAACGACGAUGACGACAACUUUGAUGCUGCUAGAGUGAGGCGUCAGUCUUUGCCGUGUAGUGGGGCCCACGGCACGUCGCCAUCGAUUUCUAUAAGGGUGAGUCCUUCUCGAGGGAGGAGUGUUACCCCUUCUUGUUCGAGAGGAGCUAGUCCAACUAGGAUAAUAAGACCGUCGAGCCCUUCAAGACAGCCUCAGAAUUCGACUUUCGUCCCGGGUUUUAUUGCGGACGUUAAGAAAGGGAAGAAGGUUGAGAAUAAUGCCGAAGACGCGCAUCAAUUGAAGCAGCUGUAUAAUCGACACUUGCAGUGGAGAUACGCGAAUGCUCGUAAUAUCGAUGCGUUGCAUUCUCAGAAAGCGAAAGCUGAGAAAAUAUUUUACAGCGUGUGGAGGAUUAUAUUAGAUCUAUUGGAUGUGGUGACGAAGAAAAGGUCCGACCUAAAGCUGCUCCGACUUAAGUUGAAGAUUUACUCGAUUUUGGACAAUCAAAUGAACUAUCUUAACAAAUGGGCUUCAAUCGAGAGGUGUCAUGCAAGCUCGUUAACCUGCAUAAUCGAAGAUCUUCAGUCGAGCACUAUUCUCGUUCCGGUCACCGGAGGAGCAACGGUAGAUAUUAAAACGGUUAAAUCGGUUGUAUGCUCGGCUGUCGAUGUGAUGAUGGAGAUCGGAUCCUCCUUGUGUUCCAUUAUUCCACAGCUGGUGUCGUUCGAAGAUCGAUUCUUUUUUUUUAGAUUUCGUUUGUGUGAUAAUUAA